UUUAUCUAAAUUGUUGUGGCUCAGAAUGGUUUAUUUAGUGUUUGUGGCGUGUUCUUACAAAACAGAAUGACGACCUUCUUCUCGUACCCUGACCCUAAGCUGCAGAAGGAGCUGAGGGAAACCGCUGAAGCUAUAGUAGCUCCGGGGAAAGGGAUCCUGGCUGUCGAUGAAGUUAAUGAGGGAAUCGGAAAACUCCUAGCUGCUAUUGGUUUGGAUAAUACUGAGAAUAAUAGAAGAAGGUACCGCCAACUUCUUUUUACUACAGAAACUCUCUCGGAGCAUGUAUCAGCAGUAAUCCUCUUCGAUGAGACCGUUUACCAGAAGACUGAUGAUGGAACUCCCUUCGUCGAGCUCCUGAAGAAGAACAACAUCAUCCCUGGCAUCAAGGUGGAUAAGGAUGCAGUGCCAUUGUUCCUGUCACAAGAUGAGGUUACAACUCAAGGUCUCGAUGAUCUAGCCAAGCGCUGCGCUGAAUACAAGAAGCAAGGAUGCAGGUUUGCAAAAUGGCGGUGUCCAUUAAAGAUUGGUGAAAACACACCAUCAGUGCAGGCUAUUAACGAUACUGCGCAGGUCCUCGCGAGGUACGCGUCCAUCUGUCAGAGCGAGGGUCUGGUACCCAUUGUCGAACCUGAUGUGGUUUUGGACGGGGAUCAUGACAUCGUAAGGAACCAGCAAGUGACAGAAGCAGCCCUGGCCGCGGUGUAUAAGGCUCUGAGCGACCACCACGUGUUCCUAGAGGGAACACUCUUAAAACCUAACAUGAUAACUCCAGGUCAAGCUAGUUCAAAGAAGAAUACUCCAGAGGAAAUAGCCGUGGCUACAGUUAGCUCUUUACGGAGAACGGUACCUGCUGCCGUACCCGGAAUCGCAUUCCUCUCUGGCGGGCAAUCUGAAGAAGAAGCGACCGUCAACCUGAACGCCAUCAACCAGGUGACCUUGAAGAAACCCUGGGCGUUGACUUUCAGCUACGGGAGGGCUCUGCAGGCUUCGGUCUGGAAGACCUGGGCAGGCAAGGAUGAGAACACGAAGGCUGCUCAACUGGAACUGCUGAAGAGAACCAAGGCUAACGAUCUAGCAUCUCAAGGCAAGUACCAAGGAGGAGCGAAGACUUCCGCAGCCGUCAAGUCUAACUUCUCAGCCAAUCAUAAAUACUAAAAAAUGAACGAGUGUCGACUUCUCGAUAGAAUUAUUAAAAGCCAGGCAGAUGCAAUCGAGAAAUAUAUUUUUAUCGGAAUC